CGGAAGCAGGAUCGCAAGCUCGUCGCGGGAGCGGCGCGCCCCGCUGCUCCUGGACCCACGUGGAGCGGCGCGCAGGAUGCUCCGCCGCGAGGCCCGGCUCCGCCGGGAGUACCUGUACCGCAAGGCCCGCGAGGAAGCGCAGCGGACGGCCCAGGAGAAGAAGGAGAAGGUCCGGCGCGCGCUCGAAGAGAACCGCCUGAUUCCCACGGAACUGCGCCGGGAGGCUCUGGCCUUGCAGAAGUCCCUGGAGUUCGACGAUGCUGGCGCUGAAGGUGUCACCAGUCACAUGGAUGACGAAUACCGAUGGGCAGGGGUGGAGGAUCCCAAAAUCAUGAUCACGACCUCCCGUGACCCCAGUUCCCGCCUCAAGAUGUUUGCCAAGGAGUUGAAGCUGGUGUUCCCGGGCGCCCAGCGCAUGAACCGUGGUCGCCAUGAGGUGGGCGCCCUCGUGCGGGCCUGCAAGGCCAACGGAGUCACAGACCUGCUGGUGGUGCACGAGCACAGGGGCACGCCUGUGGGCCUCAUUGUCAGCCACCUGCCCUUUGGGCCCACCGCCUACUUCACACUGUGCAACGUGGUCAUGCGUCACGACAUCCCCGACCUGGGCACCAUGUCCGAGGCCAAGCCGCACCUCAUCCUGCACGGCUUCUCCUCCCGGCUGGGCAAGCGCGUCUCUGACAUACUUCGAUACCUGUUCCCUGUCCCCAAAGACGACAGUCGCCGCGUCAUCACCUUCGCAAACCAGGAUGACUAUAUCUCCUUUCGGCACCACGUGUACAAGAAGAUGGACCACCGCAAUGUGGAGCUGACGGAGGUCGGACCGCGCUUCGAGCUGAAGUUGUACAUGAUCCGCCUGGGCACGCUGGAGCAGGAGGCGACAGCCGACGUGGAGUGGCGCUGGCACCCCUACACCAACACCGCACACAAGAGGCUCUUCCUCAGUGCUGAGGGGACCUGACGGGCGGGGACAAAUAAAGCCUGGA